AUUCUACUGAAAAAGUGAAUGUUUUAGUUUCAUCAUCAAUAAAGAAGUUAGAAGAACUUUUCAUUUCACGCAAUUUAAAAUUUUCCUUUUCAGCUUGAAAACAGUUGAAUUUAUGAGGUUGCAGUUUUCACCAAAUUAUUCUCUCAGAAUUAGAGCCCGAAAAUGUUAUUCAAUUUUUUCUAGCUCAAAGGGAUUAUGAGAUCCCCUCACUAGGCAAUGAAUUUGGGACCCCCUUUCCUUCAAUUGGAAAUCCAUCAGAAAGACAUCCGUUGAGAUAUCGUAAUCAACAAGUGCAAUUCCCAUUCCGUAAGAGCAAUCUGUCUUACCGACUAUUUCGUUUGUUCUGCGAAUAUCACUAAUGAAACUGAAAUAUUCCCUUGACCAUUAGUCAUUUCUCUCACACGAUAUACUGCAAAAAUCGAUGUCUCAAUUACUUUCCUCAUCGCGGGAAAUACAAAAUACCAUAUUAUUCAUGCAGCGCUGACUAGCAGAAAAGGUAGAAGAGCUCGAUCGACGUCACUAUUGCAGAAUUGAAAGUGUCUGGAGGAGUCUAUGAAAGAGAUGGCUACCAUAUUCACCUCGAAAAUAGUUCAGUAAUGACAUGCUAAACCAAAAUGAGUUUUCUGUGCGGCAAUAUAUUUCCUCAGGUUCAAGUGUUAUUGUUCAUCAUUGGGAUAUUUUACUUUGUUAUUACCGUUGCUUCUUUGACGGAUGAUAAUAUUAAAUGUAUCAAACUGAAACAUUGCCCUUUCGCACUGAAGUUGGUCGAAACUAGAAGAAAUGAUCCUUCUGUAGUCAAAUUUCUCCGAUUUAGCCAUUGUGGUUUUCAAGGAAGAGAACCAAUGGUUUGGUGCAAUAUGUUCGAGGAAUGUAGUGCUCCAGAUGGAAAAAAAGGAAAAUGCACCAGUGUCAGAAAAUGCCAAUCCUUCCUGAACAAGAUUGAAAACACCAACAUACAAGUACCAAAUAUAGAACGGAAACAUCUGAAUGAUUUCCGAUGUAGCACCGUCUAUGAUCCAGACAUUAAAGUUUGCUGUACCGAUAUAGCACCUGAAGUCAAUGGGGAAGAUGAGAAUAAUAAAGGUGUCACAGAAAAUCAUGAUGUAGAUGACAGGUUUUCCUCCACUUCAAAAAAUCCACACUUAAAGAAUUGUGGUAUGCAGAGUGGUGAUAACAGAAUUUUUGGAGGAGUAGAAACAAACUUAGAUGAAUAUCCUUGGAUGGCAUUGUUGAGAUACCAGCAAGCACUAGGAGGGUUUUCUUAUGGUUGUGGUGGAGCUUUGAUACAUCCAAGAUUUAUCCUAACUGCUGCUCAUUGUCUUGAUCCCAUUAUUUUGAAGAGUAAAGGAUUGAAGAAGAUUCAUCGCAUCAUUCUGGGAGAAUACGAUAUCAGAAAUAAAACCGAUUGUUUUUAUAUGAAAUCGGGUAAAGAUUGUGCUGAUCCAGUUCGAGAAAUUGAAAUGGAGUCCUACCUCGUCCACCCUGGAUAUAUGUCUGGAUAUACAAAUAAUGAUAUUGGACUUAUAAGAUUGCGAGAAGUGGUCGAAUUUACAGAUUUCAUAAGUCCAAUUUGUCUUCCACCUGCAACGUUAGAAUUAAAAGAGAAAGAUAUUUUCAUGAUUGCUGGAUGGGGAAAAACAGAAAAGGAGAAAGUAAGUUCUGUCAAAAGAAAAGCUAGAAUUGAUGUUGUUGCAAAGGAGAAAUGCAACGGAUAUAUAGAGCAGCCAUUAGAUGAAAGCCAACUGUGCGCAGGAGGAACAGGCGAUGGAGUAGAUGCUUGCUUUGGUGACUCGGGAGGUCCUCUUAUGCUUGGAAGAAACGUUGGAAAUAAAUUAAUCAGUUUUGUAGUUGGUGUUAUAUCUCAUGGUUUCGGAAAAGCAUGUGGAGAUAAACCUGGAGUGUAUACAUAUGUGCCAUAUUAUGUAGAAUGGAUAGAAAGUAAUUUGGUAUUCUGAGAAUGAAAGAAAUAUUAAUCGAAAAUUUAUUCCGCCAUCUGGCGUGGUUCAAGGUGAUAAAUCAAUAACGAUCAAGAACAAUUUGAUGCAGUGAAACAUUCAAAAUGAAAGGAAUGUAACAAUAACCGCUGAUAAUAACCUACUAUAUCACUACGCUUAUCAAUAAUCAUGAGAUUAUACUUUUGACAGUUCCUGUAAUGUUGUAAUGAAAUAUUGAGUGAACAAAAUAUCAGUAUUAAAUUUUUGAUAAAAAUAA